UGCCUCCGUCUCGCUUCUGCGUGCAGUGUGAUCGGCCUGGUCUGGGCAAGGUUCGCCCGUGCAGGGGCGAGGCGGGGCCGAGGGACGGACAGCAACAGUGCCAUGGAUUCUGGUCUUCGGUGCCACUGGCAGCGGUAAUAGCAGCAACGCGGUUUGCAUGUCGCUGAUGAAAUUCUAUUCCUGGUCGGAUACAGUUUCAUCAGUUGGUCGUGCAGUGUCUGAGCGAGAAGUGGUGUCCGCGUCGUUCUGUAGCGUGCCUGUGUUAAUCUGGCGCCGCGUGCGUUUUCCCAAAAGUUUUUUCGCAUGCCAAAUCUGACUUGACGUCAUUGAGACUGUAACGGUUGCGCUCAAAAUAAUCCUUUUUGGAUGAUUAUGACGAAAAUUUGUUUGAUAUUUCGAUUUGUUUAUAAAUAAGGGAAAUUGUGUUUUUUAUGAAUAAAUUCCGCCGAUUAUUGUUUGCAAGUGAAUAAUUUUUGUGAUACUUCGAAAUUUUGCUGUUCAUAAUAUUCUAAGUGUAAAUUAUCAAAAUUGUUGUGAAAGUUUGCAAGCGAAGGAGAGGAAUACGAAAAAUAUUUUUGAAUGCGAUCAUAGUUGAGUGCAAUAAAUAGGCUUAAGGAGCCAGGAGUGAUUCCCGACGAAUCCAAACUAAAUACCGAAAAGUGAAAAAGGUUCACGGCCCCCUCGCCCAGUCGCGCCACGGAGACGAACGUUACACAGAACCUUUGCUUAGUUUUUGGGGAUAUAAUACACGACAGUCCGCAACAUCCAAGUCGACUUUUGUGGUCUGCAACUGUAAACAAUAUCGAAUUACGCCCUCUAUUGAUUUUCGAUAUGUGUAUGGCUGGAUGAAAAGUUCACUCGGCAACGUGUGGCGAAGUAACGCUGUCUGCUUCGCAUGGCAAUGACUAAGAAGGAGUCGGCAGUGAUCAGUUUCAUCAGUGAAAUGCGAAAACAGUGGUUUCCGACGGGUUUUGCGAGUCAAAUGCUAACCAUCUCGUCUUUUUGAAGUUCUAAAGUGCACAAAUUUGAGUCAUCUCCGAAUACCUUUUGUUAUUUUUCCUCCGAUAACCAAGCGGAUGACAAAUUCAUUCAAACUAAAUGCAAAAAGUGAAAAGAAUACCAGUUGAAGCGAAAGAAGUCCGCAUUCAGAGCUUAAGUCGCGCUAAGUGAUUAAUGCAGCUGACGGAAUUUCGGAUAAAACGCGCGCGGUUAAUCAAAAGUCGACUUCGUGUAGUGUGACGCGUCGUGCGUUGGUACAGAGUUUUCCUGCUUUUCCGGAUUUUUUGACGUGUCGAAAAAAUAUGCUCCAGCAUCCAGCUCCUGACUUCUAUGAUCUCUCCACGAGUGCAGCUGUAGUGAACAGUCGGCAGACAACACCCCCCUACAGUCCUACGGGUGUGGCGGCCGUUGUGCCGUCAGCGCAUAACAACAAUAACAACAAUCACAGUAACAAUAACAACAAUAAUACAACAAGCAAUAAUAAUAAUAGUGGUGGCAAUGGCGCGUUGGAGAUUAUGGGGCAUAACGGUACAACCGCGACAGGUGGCCAUGUGGGGGUCGGCGGAACGACUGGUGGAGCUGGUGGUGGCGGAAAUGGGAAUAGCGGAGGUCGAGAAACAUUGCCCAGUUUUGGUUUUACACAGGAACAAGUGGCGUGUGUGUGUGAGGUACUACAACAAGCCGGUAACAUAGAACGGCUAGGACGAUUUCUAUGGUCAUUACCGCAAUGUGAUAAACUGCAACUGAAUGAGUCAGUGCUCAAAGCAAAGGCUGUUGUUGCAUUCCACCGGGGACAAUAUAAGGAACUCUACAGGCUGUUGGAACAUCAUCAGUUUUCACCGCAUAAUCAUUCAAAACUACAGACACUAUGGCUUAAAGCGCAUUAUGUGGAAGCCGAAAAACUGCGCGGAAGACCUCUAGGUGCUGUUGGUAAAUACCGGGUUCGACGUAAAUUUCCACUCCCCCGAACAAUUUGGGAUGGUGAGGAGACUAGUUACUGCUUUAAGGAAAAAUCUAGAUCUGUUUUAAGAGACUGGUAUGCACAUAAUCCUUACCCGUCACCGCGAGAGAAACGAGAGCUGGCAGAGGCUACAGGACUGACAACAACACAGGUCUCAAAUUGGUUUAAAAAUAGACGGCAAAGGGACCGAGCGGCAGAGCACAAAGACAAUGGCGGAUCGGAUAAACAACAUUUAGACUCAUCAAGUGAUUCGGAAAUGGACGCACCAAACUCAAUACUUCACCAUGCAGCAGCACAGCAACAAAGUCAACAGCAACAAACUCAUCCCCAUCAUCAUCACCCCCAUCACCAAUCACCUGUGAAUCACACCAGCCAUCAUACAACAACACAUCAUCACAGUUUGCACACAGCCAACAGUGGCAGCACAACAGGUUCGGAUAGCGCGCAAUUACAAUCCCAUCACCCAUCUUCGCAGCAUUCUAGCAACAAUUUAGGCGCCAUUAGCAAUUUAAAUGCCUCCCUGGUGGGAGUGACGGCCGGCGCAGGUGGUGGAUCCCUCAAUCCAGGUGGUGGCCUGUCGAUACAAAAUAAGCCGGGAGUAGGACAAAUGCCACCCUUAUCGGCAGCCGUGGCCUAUUCACAUUUGCAUAGUGUCAUGGGAUCAAUGCCCCUGUACGACAUGGGAGACUAUCAGCACUUAUGAUUUUAAAUUUAUUUUUAUUUUGUACCUUACGACUUGCUUUCACCCUUGUACGUUCAAAACUGUAAAUUUCUUUUUUAGGAUGUUUUAAAACAAGCAUUUUGGCAAUAAACGAAAAUCAGCAUAUGUUUAGAAUCGAGCGGAGGGAUCUUGUCUGGAAAGUGUGAAGUUUAUGGAUCGAAUGAGCCGUCAUUCAUCUAUACAGAAAGAUAGCACAGAAUAUAGCGAAAGAUACUUUAGAGUGGAAAUACAAUAGUUGAACUAUCUAUGGUACUUGAUGAUUUAGAUCUUUAGUUCGUACAUUGAGCCCAUGAUUAUGUCCUUUUGACUAUUCAAGGAUAAACUUUACACUUUCCCGCUGAUGAGCGUGUCCGUUAGUUAAUUAGUUGUAUUAAGUUAUUUAAUUUAAAUGUAAAUAUUUUUGAAAAUAUACAUUUAGGUAUCGUAAAAAAGAAAUAGUUGAUAGCGAACCAGUGAUUAAGCCACAUGAAUUUCAAUGUUAAAAUCAAAAGAGUGUAGUGAUCCAAGUUUCUUAGAAAAUAGAAAAGUUUCAAAAUCGUUUGCACUUCGCCAGAAUAAACUCGAAUGAUCAAAACACAAUAGAACUUAGACAUUAGAAGGAAACCCGGCAAAAUUACAUCGAAUUGAACUUCUCUUAGGACUGUCUCUGCACUGAAAAUAAACACGAACAAUAAGGAACAAAUGCAAAUUUAAAUGUAGCGAAACAAAUUAUAUUUCCACUUGUACUACGAAUGCAAUCUAUUAAUUGCAGGAAUUCAAUUCUGUACUUUACAGUCUACAGUUAGAUUUGCAAUAUUAUAUCAGCGUUUAUUGAAUAGAAGAAAAAAUAAAAAGAAAUAAAAAGGCUUGCA